CCAAAUUGUUCAUUUCCCUCAGCAUAGCAUAUCACUCACACGCAAAAUGGCCCCCCCGAUUCACUUCAUCACCGGCAACGCCAAUAAGCUCAGAGAAGUCAAAGCCAUCUUGGAGCCGAGCAUCGAGAUCCGCAGCCAGUCGCUGGACCUUGAGGAAAUCCAAGGAACCAUUGAAGAGGUUGCCAACUCCAAAUGCCGCCGAGCUGCAGAUUUAGUCAACGGCCCAGUGCUUGUAGAGGACACAGCGCUUUGUUUCAACGCCUUGAAGGGACUGCCUGGGCCUUACAUCAAAUGGUUCCUCGAUAGCCUCGGACACCAGGGCUUGAACAACCUUUUGGCAGCCUACGAGGAUAAAUCCGCCGAGGCAGUGUGUACUUUUGCGUACUCCCCUGGGCCUGGGCGCGAUCCCAUCAUCUUCCAAGGACGUACACCAGGUCGGAUUGUACCUGCUCGAGGCCCUUCUAAUUUUGGAUGGGACCCGGUCUUUGAAUUUGAAGGGAAGACCUACGCCGAGAUGGAAUCUGCUGAGAAGAACAAAAUAUCGCACCGCGGGCGUGCACUUAAGAAGCUUCAAGCAUGGUUUGAGGCUCAGCAAGAGACACCGUCAUCAUAACGCACAGCAAUCACCAAGAUAGAUAACUCGCAAUUGAACAAGUCUGGAUA